UUUAAUAAUUAUGUAUGCUGCCGCAAAUCUGCGAUGAAUGUUACUGAGAACCCGUAUUGUUCUGAAUCUAUAUCAGCGACAGAGAUGGAUGUAAGUCCCGCGAGAAGACGUUUUCCGUUCUGCAUUGUUUGGACUCCAAUUCCAAUUCUAACGUGGCUGUUUCCAUUUAUCGGUCAUAUGGGUAUAGCGACAAGUCGAGGUGUGAUUCGUGAUUUUGCCGGCAGUUAUUGUGUGAACGAAGACGAUAUGGCAUUCGGAUGGCCAACAAGAUAUUUAAAGUUGGAUGUUAGUGAGGUUCCUGGCGGUGCUGAGAAUUGGGAUCGAGCUGUUCGAAGUGCGUCCGAUGAAUACAAAGGUCAUGUGGUUAGUAGUGAUGUCACGUUAUUUUUACAUCUUGGAUUUGCAAACGUUAGAAAAACGGCGUUACGUUGGCUUUGGCGGAUUUUUGAAGCAGUGGUUACCGUUGUUUAUAUUUACCGUAUUCAUCGUAUCGAUAUUUGUCGUAUCUUCAAUUUAACCGAGUCAUCGUUUAAUUUGAAGGGAUUCGAAAUGGUUCGUUUAACGGUGGAUUUAAUCAAUGAUUCCUUACAAUAUAUCAACACAGUAAGAGAACGUGAACUGAGUCUUCGUGCGUGCAAAAUUCCCGUACUUGAGAAUCUAGGUGUGACGCGGGAUCAGUACGACACAAUUGAUUUGACAGACAACGAUAUUCGAAAGCUAGAGAAUAUUCCACUUCUGAAAAGACUCAGUUGCCUGCUUAUGCACAAUAAUCGCGUUCAGCAAAUAAUGCCGAAUAUUGGUGAGGUGCUACCAUCAUUAAGAACGCUUGCAUUAACCAAUAAUAAUUUAUGUGAGCUCGGCGACAUUGAUCCGUUGGGAACGUGCAAAAAGUUGGAAUAUCUAACUUUGGUCGGUAAUCCUGUUACUCAUAAAUCACAAUAUCGGUUUUAUGUUAUAUACAAGGUGCCCUCAGUGCGUGUGCUUGACUUUAGAAGGGUUCGAUUGGCGGAACGCAAGCAAGCUGCAGCAUUGUUCAAAGGUAAAAAAGGACAAAAAAUCCGCGAGCAGUUAGUGAAGAAAUCGAUACCGAUUUCUGAUGAACGUACGAAUAAUACUGAAUCGUCCGAAACAGUGCGCGGUAAAGAGGAAACGAAGAAGAUCCGGGACGCGAUUGCAUCUGCAUCGUCACUGACUGAAGUUGAGCAUUUGCAAUCAAUAUUGCGAAGUGGUCAAAUCCCUGAAAAAGAUUGGAAUGUGCCACAUAAGAACGCUGAAACGAGUGAAGAGAAUGCGAAUGAAAAAGAUAAGUUUGUGGAAGAAACAGAAGAUGAGAAAAGCAAUGAAGAACAAAGAGGAGAGGUGAACGGUGCAGGAGAUGAGGACGGAAAAGCUGAGACGAGCGAGAAUGAAGAUGAGGAGAUGAUGGAUCAUCAUGAAGGAAGUGAUGAUACAAUUAAAUUUGCCGUGAAUUCUGGUUCAUGCGAAGAUGUUGCAUCGACUAAUUCGACUGAGCAGAAUCGCUGUAUGGAAACAGAAAACACCGAGAAAGAAUCAUAA